AUGGCGCUGCGGGCGCGGGCGCUGUACGACUUCAGGUCGGAGAACCCGGGUGAGAUUUCGCUCCGGGAGCACGAGGUGCUGAGCCUGUGCAGCGAGCAGGAUAUCGAGGGGUGGCUGGAGGGCGUCAACAGCCGCGGGGACCGCGGGCUCUUCCCGGCUUCUUACGUGCAGGUGAUCCGCGCCCCCGCCGCCGAGCCGCCGCCGCCCGCCCGCUACGCAAACGUCCCCAUCGGCGGAUUCGAGCCGCUGCCGCCCCCCGCCGCCUUCAAGCCGGCGGCGCAGCAGCCCCCGCCCGAGCCCUUCCCGCCGCCCCCCGCCGGGUAUCCCUUCCCGCCCUACGGCGGCUCCUACCAGCCCAGCCAGGGCAGCGAUGACGACUGGGACGAUGACUGGGACGACAGCUCCACGGUGGCCGACGAGCCGGGCGCCCUGGGCAGCUCCUACCCCGAUUACGAGACGGCGGGCGGCGGCGCCUCGGGCCGAUACCGCCUGUCCACCCGCUCCGAGCCGUCCCUGGGCCCCCGCGGCGCGGGGCACCCACCUGGACACCCGCACCCGCCCGGCGGCGGCGGCGCCGCCAAGAGCUCGGCCACGGUGAGCCGCAAUCUCAAUCGUUUCUCCACCUUCGUCAAGUCCGGCGGAGAGGCCUUCGUGCUGGGCGAGGCGUCGGGCUUCGUGAAGGACGGGGACAAGCUGUGCGUGGUGCUGGGCCCCAGGGGCCCCGAGUGGCAAGAGAACCCCUACCCCUUCCAGUGCUCCAUCGAGGAUCCCACCAAACAGACCAAAUUCAAGGGCAUGAAGAGCUACAUCGCCUACAAGCUGGUGCCCAGCCACACCGGGCAGCAGGUGCACCGCCGCUACAAGCACUUUGACUGGCUCUAUGGGCGUCUGGCUGAGAAGUUUCCUGUCAUCUCCGUGCCUCACUUGCCAGAGAAGCAGGCCACUGGCCGCUUUGAGGAGGACUUCAUCUCUAAACGUCGCAAAGGCCUGGCCUGGUGGAUGGACCACAUGUGCAGCCACCCGGUGCUGGCUCAGUGUGAUGCCUUCCAGCACUUCCUCACCUGUCCCAGCACGGAUGAGAAGGCCUGGAAGCAGGGCAAGCGCAAGGCUGAGAAGGAUGAGAUGGUGGGUGCCAACUUUUUUCUGACUAUCAGUGUCCCCACAGGCCCUGGGGCCAGCCUGGACUUGCAGGAAGUGGAAAGCCAGGUGGAUGGCUUCAAAGCCUUCACCAAGAAAAUGGAUGAGAGUGCCCUGCAACUUAAUCACACGGCCAACGAGUUUGCCCGCAAGCAAGUCACUGGUUUCAAGAAGGAAUACCAGAAGGUGGGGCACUCCUUCAAGUGCCUCAGUCAGGCAUUUGAGCUGGACCAGCAGGCCUUUUCAGCUGGCCUCAACCAAGCCAUAGCCUUCACUGCAGAAGCCUAUGAUGCCAUCGGGGACCUCUUUGCAGAUCAGCCCCGGCAGGACCUAGAUCCUGUGAUGGAUUUGUUAGCGCUAUAUCAGGGCCAUUUGGCCAACUUUCCAGACAUCAUCCAUGUGCAGAAAGGAGCCCUUACCAAAGUAAAGGAGAGUAAGCGGCACGUGGAAGAGGGGAAGAUGGAGCUCCAAAAAGCUGAGGGCAUUCAAGAACGUUGUAACAUUAUUUCUUUUGCAACCCUUGCAGAAAUUAAUCAUUUCCACAAAAUUCGUGUGAGGGACUUUAAAUCACAGAUGCAGCAUUUUUUGCAACAGCAAAUACUCUUUUUUCAAAAAGUGACACAAAAGCUAGAAGAAGCUCUUCACAAGUAUGACAGUGUUUAGUCUCUGGUUUGUAGACUUCGCUCAGCACGAAUGUGACCCAGGCAGCAAAGCACCUGCUGCUGAAGAGCUGUUGCCGGUGGUAGAUGGCGGUACAAGGAUGGGUUUGUGUUCACCUGGAACCCGGUUUAAUCUCUGGUUAUGUAGAAAGGAAACAGUUAUAGGGCUAUGUAGUAGAAACAGUACCACGCAUUGUAACUAAGUUAUACUGUGUAUGCCUACACCAUUGUAACUUUUUUGAAAUAAUGAGUAUACUAUUUGCCUUAUUGCUUUUUGAAAUACGGUAUCUUAGUGCAUACUUAGUAGACCUCAAAGCCCUUUGGGUAUUUAAGGAAGUUGGCUGGAUAAAAGCCUGCUUCAGAUGCCUUUUACUUUCCUAGAUUUGGAUUUCCUAAAUUCAAACAAUUCUCUGUUUACAGACUCCUACUAGAGCAGCUAUGUGAUUCUGUGCCUUUAGACUCUAUUCCUUUUCUAGUAAGUCACAUUUUUAUGAUUAAAUGAAUGAAGGGUUGAUGCCUAUGACAGGAACUGAUGAUGAAACCUCACACUGACUGGAAAAAAUCAGCUGCGAAUCCAGUUUGCAUAGCAAGUACUUUCUUAUUGCAAAUGUUGGCUCAAAAGGGAAAAGUUAAAUUUAUUCACAUUUUCCCUGGAAAUUGAGACUACUUGUUACACGUACUAGGAUGUUAAGCACAUGUACAAAAAUACACCACUUAAUUCCCUUUCUGAAAUAAGUAAUACAGUGAGGGGUGGGGUUGGUUGUUUUUUUGGUAUAUAGCAUUACUGUAAGUGGAAAAUUGAAGAGCUAGCCUAAUAAAAAUUGCCUAUUUCAAGGGGAUAUUAAUGCAUGCUAUGUGGCUGCAAUAUCUUUUUUAAGUUUUUUGAAAUUAUUUGCUCUUUGUUCAGUUGCUGAUUCAAUUUAACUUCAGACUUUCAUCUGCAUUGCCAGUUGUCUGAGUUGAAACUCCACUGUGAUUCAUUAGUUUACUAAGUUAAAAGUUUUUGGGGAUUUUCAGUAAUAUAAAUGGUCUGAAGUCUUGGCUGAACUGACUUGGAAAACAGGUGGCACUUUUAUGUUUGUAACACUCAAGAAUUAACAAUUGUCUUAAUUUUUGUAUAAAUAUUUUUGACAAACAGGGUGCAUUUAUAUAUAUGUAAACGCUAUCUUUUAAAGAGGUUUAUGGCUUAUUUCUCUUGAAUUAAGUCUGAAGUCUGUAUUUCUUACCUGUUGGUUUCCUUCUUAUAGGUCAGUAUAGAAGAUGUUUUUUGUUUAUCUUAUCUUUUUUCUCCUAAACAAAAAUAACAAAACUACGCGAGGAAGCAAAAUGUUUAUUUUUUUUUUUGUUUAAUUGAAUUAAUCAAAAAUCGCUUGAACAAAUGAAAGCCUGGAAAAGGAAGUUGAGCAACGGUUACCAUAAAGUACAAAUCAUUCCUCACCUAUGCAGCAGAAAUGUGCAGUUCUUUGACAUGAUCAUGUGAGUUUCUGUAGUUUAACCCCAUACAUCUGUAUCAGAGAAAUAACAUGUAAGAAUGUAGUUUUGGUUCCAAGACUCGUCUCCAAAUGUUUGGAGAUGGCUGUUUUGCACAAGCUGUGUUUGGUGGUGCUUCUAGUAUAUACAUAAAGCAGUAAAAUACAGAAUAAUGAAGGGGGAAAGCAAGUGUUUGUAAAAGAAAGGACAAUCAGUGAGGAAAGACUCCAUUUGCAGCCUAUUGGAACAGUUCUGCAAACAAGAUUGACCAUGAAAUAAGGACCACAGUCAUAGGGCUGACUUGCUCUUUAUCUUCCUCAUGGUGUCUCAUUCUACACUCAAAACUCACCACUUCCUCAAAUAGUUCUUCCCAACAGUACUCCUGCUUUCCCAUACGUCAUUUAAUUACGUGACAGAGUGAUGAACUAGGUUUGAGCUGAGUUCCAUGGCUAAUGUUUGCUUAAGCCAGAUACUGUUUUAGUAAAUGUCUCUACAGUAAUUAGAUCAGUUUACAGUCAAACUGAUUCUACAUGGAGGUAUUAAGACCUGUUCAGAAAUUGAUCUUGGUUCAGUUGAAUUAUUUUAGCAGGUUAGUAUUAAUGACAUAUUCAUGUCCGGGAGGAAAUUAAGCUGUGAUAUGUAUUCUUACAACGUUAUAAGACAGGUACAGUUUUCCCUAAUAAACUGUCAUAGCCUUCA